AGAUUUGGAAUCUUUCCCGGCUAUUUUCCUCGCUGUUUUCUCGGCGAAGUUUCAAGAAUCUGCUUCCGGAACUACAAUAAGUGCUAGUACUUUAAUGUUUUAGAAAUCGGGUGUAUUAUCUACUUACUAACAAAGAUGUCCCUGAUUGCGCGCUCACUUCUAGUCAAACAACGCCAGUUUUCUUUGGCGCUUCUACGAUGUUCCGGACUGGUGCCGGAACUGGCCCUGGUUCGCCAAUACGCUGUAGGAAACGCACAAAAACAAGGUUCCUCGAAAUCAUUGUCCGCCGGAGCAGAUCGUACAGAUGUUUCUACGGAUGUUCGGCCAUUGGGCGAACGGGUGAAGGAGAAUACAAAAACUGCCAGCUAUAUGGGCGUCAUCAUGCUAGGUGUCGGUGUGACCGGCUUACUUUUCUAUGUUAUAUUUUGGGAGCUGUUUUCCUCGGACAGCCCGAACAACAUAUACUCCGAAGCGCUUGAGAGAGUGAAGGAAGAGCCACGGGUGAAAGAUGCGCUUGGUUCUCCGAUAAAGGGCUUCGGCGAAGAGAGCCGCCGUGGACGUCGGACCCAUGUUGCCCACACAAAGUACGUUAAGGACGGCAUCGAGUACAUUCGCAUGCAAUUCUAUAUCCAAGGCAUUCGCAAUAAGGGAACCGUUCACCUAGAGAAACGGAAAACGGAUUCGGGAUCGUUCGAAUACCGGUACCUUUUCGUACAGUUGGACUACAAUCGCCAGAACCCAAUCAUACUAGAGGAUAAUAGACAGCAGCAAGAUGCUCUGCACUCGGUCUCCAGCGGUGCACCGCAACCGUUCUUGUGAAAAGGAUUUCGAGUGAAAUACAGGGGAGCAUGUGCAUUGUUCGUGGCAGCACGCUUUAUUUGUAUUUUUCUUUCCACGGCAGCACUUCAACGGCACGUAAGUAAAAUUUUUCAAAGAGAUACAUCUUAAGCUUGUCCGCAAUCCACAGGCACACGAGAAGCAAUGGAAAAUAUCCAGUCCAAAAUUGGUGCAUUCGCUGCCAAAGCGACGUUGUGUAGAGAAGGGCCGUCUUUCUGCUAUCGGGUCCUCCGAUGGACACGAACAGCACGAUAUUUAUCGUUCCUGAGUCAUCCAGUUCCCAUGUGUGCUGUGUGGCAUCGAAGGCGAAAUAGGUAGGGUUUGAGGAUUCUAUCUUUUCCGCAAUGAUGCUCGGCUGGAAUUCGUCGAGCGUCGUAUUCUCAUUAGGAUAGUAGCGAUCACUGAAGUGUGAUUUUUGAUGGCGCAUAAAGAAUGGACAUUGCAGCGAUGCCGACUGCUUUACCUCCAACGAGCCUCGGUGUUCGAUUUUGCCAGACUGGAACUUUGGCCAAGGAGCCGGUACUUUAUCAAGAUACACGAACGUGGGCACUGUAAAGCUGCACUGGGACUAAAAUACAAAACGCACCUGUAAGCCAUGAACUCUACAUUACGCCUCAGGAAUUACUUACCGAUACGGUAGCUUCGAGGAAAAAGU